AUGACCUUCCUCUAUUGUAAGUGGCUGAUAGUUGCCGAUAUCGUAACUCAGAAUAGAAGGAUAUCGGAUUCAGAAGAAGAGGGAGCCCCGCGGUGCACAACAGAAGUGACCCGUGAAACUAUGUUAUCACCUCGAAGGAAAGAGGUUGCCGAAUCGUCCAGAAAGGGGAAGGAACCGGCCCACCCAACUGAUAGUGAAGAAGAGUUUGAUUCUGAUGAAACAGAAACUUCUGAGGGGGUGGGUGAGACUGGUUCAAGUUCUGGGGAAACAGAAGCAGAGGUUGAACAGAAGAAUGAAGGGGAAACAGUUAGUCUCCCCGAUUCUUUCUUUGAGAGAGGACUUAUAAACCCUUCCGUUGCUCGCAGGGCUCACUAUGUUGCUCUUGCCCAACCGCAAGAUGCUCCGAAAAGAAGGAGGGAGAGAGUCAUUAUGACUUAUCCCAAUAGGAUGACGGUAGAGGUCCUCAGUGGAGAUGAAGAGGAGGAAGAAGAUACAGUGCCUCUUGCUCGUCGGCAAAGAUCACAAUCUUCCAUUCAAACUCAAGCCCAAGUCCUUCUCAGAGCUGAAUUACGCACCAAACAUUGUUACGAAGGAUCUGGGGUUCAACAUGAAUCACAUCUAUUAAAAAGACGAAAGAAUGCCGCUUCUAAGCCACGUGUUCGUCUUCCCGCUUUAGAGGAGACAUCUGCCCGCAGUGUUUCUUCAGAUGAACAAGGGAGUCAAGAAGAGGGAGAAUUUCAAGUUGAAAUUGCUUCUCCUGGCGGUAUGGAGGCUGAGGAGUCCAGCUUUGUCCAACAAAUGCAGGAUACUCUGAAAGAUGAAACUGCUGGACCAGUUGUUGGAACUGAUACAGCUACAAUCACCGGAACUUCUGAUCAACCUGAAGGUCAUGACCACUCGUCAUGGGUAGGAACUGAAGUCGAUUUUCAAUCAUCUAUUCCUGAAUCCCAACCUGCUACUCCUGUGGAUCCUAUGAUGAUAGAAAUUACUGUCACCCCCCAAAUUAGUCCUGUCACAACAAAAGCGAGACCAACUGAAGAAGUCGCUGUGUCGGCAGAUGUUGUGCCUAGAGUUGAAUCCUCUCCCAAGAGGCCUAUUAACUUGGACCCGAAGUUCUCUGAGGUUUUAAUUGAAAAAUCAUCUGAUGUAGCGGGUGCGUCAACAAGUAUCAUUCCUGAACCAACUCCAGCGGUUGUAGAGCCUACUCCAGAAUUGACAAGUCAAGCUGAAUUCGAACUCCAAAAGCUAAGAGCCCGCAGUAAUCAACUUAGGGUGAGUGUUGCCAAAAGAACACAAGCCAAGGUCGACCUGCACCGGGACUUAGAGUCGAGUCGAGCUGAGAUAGACCGCUUAGAAGAGCAACUUGUAAAGGCCAAGGAUGCUCAUGAAAUUUUGGAGUCUGGUUUGGCAGAGAUAACUCAAACUGAAGAAAACUUGUUUCAGCAACUGAAUCUUCAGGAUAAGAUACUUGCUGAAAAGGAACAAGAAGUCGCCAGAAUUCAAAGCGUUGAUGAAGAAAGCUUUAAAGCUAAUUUGGUACCUGAGCUUGAACUGGCUUAUGUGACAGAACUGUCCUAA